AGUCGGGACGGUGGCGGAGCGCAUUAGUGUCUGCCCACUCGUAGGUAAAGUGCGUGUCCCCUGUGUGUCCGCUUCGGGCUGCGUGUUUUCUGGGAAUGCGCGGCUUUGCAUCGUCGCUUGAGCUGUUCGACGCGGAGAGCGAUUAGAGGCUGAACUCGCGUGUUACUGUCGUGUUCGUCUAACCGACCUGCUGUAGCUUCUUCUCGCUAGUUAGCAGCAGAGCUAAUCCAUACGGUAGCACCCAGCCUGAGCGCUCCUAACCAGCUGAGUCAGUGAACGCGCAUCGGUCAGCUGUUAAACACCGACACGUCGUAUAUUAGAAGCCGCAUCUCUUCGUUGGAUAGCUGGUUGCCGAGAACAGCGGGCGGAACACACGUGGGAGAGGCCGGAGAGAGAAGGACGGAGGAGAGGAGUGAAGCCAGGAGCGGCCGAUGAGUUCAGACCAGGCCGGAGAGCCGCUGCAGGAGGAGGCCGAGCCGGGACCCUUAGCCCGCGGGGAGGCGGAACCGGGACCCAUAGCUUGUUUGGAGACAGAUCCAGGACCCCAAGCCUGUUUGGAGACUGACCCGGGACCCAGAGCCUGUCAGGAGGCGGACCCGGGACCUAAAGCCUGUAAAGAGGCGGACCCGGGAUCCAAAGCCUGUGGGGAAGUUGAUCCAGGACCCAGUGGGGUGGACAGGCCCUCACCUGGAACAGGGGAGAAGUCGAGUAACAUGGUGACCUCGAAAGGAGCCGGUUUGAACCCUAAUGCCAAAGUGUGGCAGGAAAGGCCUGCUGUACCCACUGAAGCUUCUGUGGAUGGCACUGACUCCUCUUCCUGGGCCCAGCCUAACAUAACUGAAGUGUCUGCGGGUUGUAAACCUUACACAGCCGGCUUUCCCGUUCUCAUGGACAACGACACUACUGCCCCUGCAGAUGGUUUAGUCAAUGGCAUGGAUCCUCCUGACUCUAGCCUGUCUGUAUGUGAACCUCUGACCGGGGAUAAUGAGUCCAAGCUGCCUGAGGAACCUCUCUCUGCAGAAAGCUUGCGUGAGUCUCUUAAAAAAGAGCUGGAAUUCUGUUUCUCCAGGGAAAACCUAUCAAAGGAUCUUUACCUGAUAUCUCAAAUGGACAGUGACCAGUUUGUACCAAUUUGGACUAUCGCCAGCAUGGAAGGAAUUAAGGUUCUGACCACGGAUAUGGAUCUGAUCCUGGAUGUAUUAAGAUCAUCUCCUAUGGUCCAAGUGGAUGACAAAGGAGAAAAAGUGCGACCAAACCACAAACGCUGCAUCAUCAUUUUGCGAGAGGUCCCAGAAACGACCCCUGUGGAGGAGGUGGAGGCCUUGUUCAAGAAUGACAACUGUCCGAAGGUCAUAAGUGUGGAGUUUGCUCACAACAAUAACUGGUACAUUACUUUCCAGUCAGAUACAGAUGCUCAACAGGCGUACAGAUACUUGAGAGAAGAAGUCAAAACAUUUCAGGGAAAACCAAUCAUGGCUAGGAUAAAAGCCAUCAAUACUUGCUUCGCAAAGAACGGCUACCGCAGCCUGGACUGCAGUGUGUACCCGCAGCAGUCACACACACAGUCUCAGUACAACUCGCCGCUCUUCAUGCAGCCCAUCUACAGCCAUCAGCAGCAGUACCUCUACGGCAUCGUCCCUCCCACCUGGACACCUUCUCCGACCCCAUACUUUGAGACUCCACUGGCACCGUUUCCAAACAGCAGUUUUGUCAAUGGGUUUAGCUCGCCCGGACACUACAAAACUGGAUCCAAUUCUCUUAACAUUGGUCGCCCCUUCAGCAGAAACCGCGUCCCACUCUAUUCAAGAAAGAAUGUAAUAAAUACCUUCAGGAACCACGUGAAGCCCCAGACGAGAGGUAACGACGGACUGGCGUCCACUGUAUCCCCCGUGUCCGUGGUGGACACGCUUCGCAGUCCGCAGUCACCUGCCAGCACUGGGCCGUUACUAGGCGCCUCUGAGCUGAGCUCUUCCUUCCAACAUCUGAGCAUCUCCACCGAACCGAGUGACGAUAGCUUAGUGGCUGGACGGGGAAGGAGGACUACAUACAGAGGGACUCGUCGGAGGAGAGAGGACGAACGUGGCGUGAGGGCAGUUCCGCCCACCGAGGUGAAGGUUUCACCUCCUAAAUUCGACCUGGCGCCCUCUAACUUCCCUCCUCUGCCUGGCUGCUCGGGCAGCCCACAGGGGGAACCCGUGCUGGAGAACCGCAUGUCCGACGUGGUCCGCGGCCUCAACAGAGAUAAGCAUUCAGACACGGGCAAAGAACCCACACCGAGCCCUGUUGCUCGAGUCUCUGAGGAGACGGUACCCAGACCGGAACAGACCACAAGCAAACCCACUGUGCACUCGGCAGAACCCGUGUCCUACAGUGCAAACUGUCAGGAGAAGAAACCAGAGAAAGUCGAGCCCUUGGUUCGUAAAGAGAUGCCCGUGAACUCUAGCGCCGCCUCAUCCGUUUCAUCCACCCCAACUCAGCCUGUUCCUGCCCCCAAGACUCCACUGAGUCCAGCCAACCCUGCGCUCACACAGGCCAAUGCUGCCCACCCCAGCGCCACUGCACCGGAGCCUCGCAAACUGAGCUACGCAGAAGUGUGCCAGCGACCGCCUAAAGAUCCCCCACCACCACCUCCGCCGCCUCCUCCUACUGCCGUGGCCGGUGCCAGCCCAACCGGCUCCACCUCCCAGCCUCUGCGAGAGCUGCGGGUGAACAAGGUGGAAGAACAGUCGGGCCACAGCGGAGAGAGACCCGAGCGGCCUCACGAGAGGGGCGGGGACUUUAAGAGCAGGGAUGGCCGGCCGGCCCGUGACUCGCAGGGCUUCUAUCGCUCCAACGGCGCCCAGCGAGGCAGCACGGGGGGCUUUAAGCUCCGCGAGCAGCAGAGACGCCCGCCGUUCACCCGCCGCACUUCUCCUCAAGGAGCCUCCAGACACACUGGCAAAGAGCAAAACAUCCCCCCUGUAUCGCCAAAGUAAAGACUUGAUGAAAACAUCCUUACAAAUAUAUGAAUAUAUACAUAUAUAUAUAUAAAAUAUAUAUAUAUAUAAAGAGAUGAAAUAUAAAAAAAUUAAAAAUCUAAAAUAAUAGCCACUUCUCUUGCCUGGAGCACAUCCGCAGGAACAUCUCAUAAAAUGCACAGUCUGGGACGUCCUGGCCUACACACAGGCAUUAGAUUGGAAGCUCAUAUAAGCUUGUUGAAGAAAGUCGUGAGAUAGGAAAAAAUGUAUGCUUAUUUGACCAUGCCCUGUCAGAAUGUAAAGAGUGUGGCUUUGCUUCAGCACCUUGAGGGCAGAGAUGGUAUAGAAGACCGUGUAAAAGCCUCGGUGCUGUUGAGCUCAAACAUGGCAAGCUGCAAGAAACAAUAUGCACUAAGAUGAAAAGGAACACGCGUACUGUAUGUCAUGUACCUAUACAAAGUUAUCACUGAUAUUAUUCAUGCAAGGAUUCAUUUUUUAAACGUUUUCCUUCAUCAUAGGCAGGGCACUGGGAAUACUAAGUAUAGAACGUACUUAGUGGCAGAUGUACAUUGACUGACUGAGUAUUUUGCAAGAGUGUGAAUGUGAAUGAGUUUUGGGAUUAGAAUCCCAUUCAGAAAAAUGAGGCCCGCUUGAGUGAGUUGCCAGGAAUGAAUAGCUAGGAAUUGCGGGUGGGGCUUGCUUUUGGUCUGGAUUUUGAUAAACCUUUGUGAGACUGGUUAUUUACGCUCCCAGAAUCAAGAGCUGCUAUUUAGGAGUGUAAAAUGCAGAAGGAAAGAAUAAAAAAAAGAUGAAUUGGAUGGGGGAGCAUUGUUCAUGAUUCUUUAAAGGCAAAGCCUGCCAAUCCCAAUGCUGCAAUGCUGGAUCACUGCUUUGCUGAAGGGUGGGAUUUUUUGUUGUUGUUUUUUCCUUAUUUGAUUCUUGUUUUUAGUUUAAUCGAGUAACCAACAGCCUGUGAAAGAUCAUAAUAUCACAGGCAGGUACAUAGGCACUCAAAUACAUAGUCAUCUCAUAUUUGUUUAGGGUUUUUUUGUGCAUUAGCUUCCUAAAUGAGCAAGCUUAUAUUUUCCUGAUCAGUCAGGCACCUGACUGCGUUUACAAGAUUUUUGUUGGAUUGGGCAUGACGCCAGGCAGGGGUUAAGCCAAUCGCUGCUUUCAGUUUUGUUUUGGAUUAAUAUUGUUCCAAUCAGGAUGAUUCAAUAUUGAUAAAUGGCUAGUGAUGUGUGCUUAGUAGAUUUGUCAUAGUGAUUUAGGUCAGGAAAUCUAAUCUGAGACUUACUCUUUUAGAUGAGUGAUUUUGAUUUUCUUUAUUUUUAGCUAUUACUAAUUAAUAGCACAUUUUUAUUGAUACACUGUACACCACUUCGGUCGGUUUGAAUUGUGGUACAUCACCAGACAGCCCUGUAUUCCAUGAAUGAAUGAUUGAAUAAUUUUUUUGGCCAAUACACUUUCACACUGACUACGUUAUUGCGGUGCUUUAAAAAUCGAAACCUUUGCACUGUUGGCAUUGUUGGAGCUUUUCCUGGCAUGUUCUACUGUUCUACAGUUCUGUUAACACCUGACUGGAAUGCAGUUCAAAGUGUAGGACCUUGCUGCCAGUUUACAAAUCUGUUUCUUUCUUUUUAAGUAUUUACUUACCUAAUUGAAUUGAUAAAACAUUGGCUCUGUUGGUAAAUUGCUAUCACACAAUUAAAAUGUUUAAUUUUUUAAAACGAGCACAAAAGAACCCACUUUGUUUCGUGCUGAAUUGUUCAAAUUCAAAGAAAGUUGUGCUUGGUGGGUCGGAGCUUCAAUCACGAGUAGUAUAAAUUUAUAUCCAGCACACUACUGGGAUCUACCAGACACACUACAAUAUCCAUUAUUCUUGCUUUAUUAUACGAACCACUCCUGUUAUCCAGCAUACAUGGAAUAUUUUACUGUGUACUUCUGCAGAAACUGGAUGUCUUUAUUACAGACAGAAUAUGAGGGUAUAAAACACUGACUUGUCCCUCUUCAGUUAUAAAAAUAUAAUUAACAAUAAUAAAUAACAUUUCACCAAACAUUUUAUGCUCCACCCCAAGCACAUUUCUGCAAACUUAAGUUUUGUUGACGUUUUGGGAUGUGAAAGAAAUUUGGCACCAAAGUAGGUCGAACACUGUCUGCAUACUCGCUUUUUAAGCUAAUAAAAGUAAAUCUAGCUUGAAGGAUUUCAGCCAGAAUUAAUGCAAGUUUCUGCUACACAUAAAUAAAUGUAUCUUACACAGCUACAAUUCAGUAGCACAGUCAGUGUAAAGCACAGAUCAUGUCUGUCCCUGGUUAAAUAAAAAUAAAAUCUUACACAGCUAAACUAAAGAGUUGAAUCGGAACUGUUGCGUGCAUGAAUGAGAAAUGAUUUCACAAUUAUGAAGAGGCAGACUUGACUUAGCUUAUUGCAUCCUAAAAUUGCCUAAGCGUAAAGAAAACUGCUUCUAUUUUCCUGACGGUUACAGCAAUGCCCGUCUUAAAACGAUUAAGUGCAGGAGAGUUUAAAAGCUGCAUCGCAUUGUCACUCAGUGCCCGUGUUGAUCUGUGAAUGGCAGUUUUUAAUUCUACAUUUGAACAAGUUGCUUUUAUGUAAGGCCACCCAACCUCUUAGACAAUGUGCUUUAAAAAGCAGGAGUCGCCAAAAAGCAAAGGAAAGGAUAAAUGAUGUGAAUGAGUUGGUGUUAUUUUGAAGUAUAAUCAGCGGUAAAUACAGUAUUGCUGUUUAAUUCAUUGUACUCAAGUAUUGCUUUUAUUAAAUUUGACUUAAUUUAUUUUAAUCCGCCUCCCCGUUUCCCCACCUCAUCCGUGUAAUCCAUGUAAGUCAGGUUCCUGACUCUGUAUAAAAUGACAUUGAAAGAAUCACAGAUUUAACAUUUGUAUAUUUUUGAGAUCUAGGCAGAGAAAAUACUUGACGCAUUUACUAGAGGCUUAGUAAUGCAGCAGAUUAACUAAUUACUGGGGCUUUUAUCGUUUCGUUUGGGAUCAUUUUGUUUUUCAUUUUUCAUGAAUAAAUUUGAGCAGCUAGUGGUUUAGUGUAAUAAAAUGCACUAACUUGUUGAUGAACUGUUAUGUAAUGUGAAAUUCUAUUAGAAGCAUAAGAUGAUGACGGUGUUGACAAGCUUGCAGAAAUCUACAGAAAUAGAUUCACUGAAACGUUUGGGUUCUCACUGUUAAUUGGUUUAGGGGUGAUGUGGCAAAGGGAAAAAUUCAGAUAAAAUGUAUUGAACAUGUUGGACAGUAAAUUCUAGCUGUUUGCAUUAAAAUGUCAUUUAAAAAUAAAUUAUUUUGUUUUGGCCUUAGA